GGGUCUUUCCGGUUUGACUGCGCUGUAGUUCCCACGUGUGUGUGCAGAAAUAAAGAUUAAUAAUGAAGCAGUUAGGCGGGGUGGUGAAGCCGAAGACGAGGCGUUCCAAACGCUUCCUGCAGAACAAAGAGCCCAAACUGACAGAGAACGUCAAGAACACCAUGAUCAUGAAGGGAGGGAACAGCAGUGAGACCGUCACUCAGGCUCUCAAAGAUCUCUAUGCACUAAAGAAACCCAACGCAGUCCUGUACAAAAAGAAGAACAUCAUGAGACCGUUCGAGGAUUCCACCUCACUGGAAUUCUUCUCCAAGAAAUCUGACUGCUCGUUGUUUUUAUUCGGCUCUCACAACAAGAAACGACCCAACAACCUGAUCUUUGGACGAAUGUUUGAUUUCCACGUGUUGGACAUGAUAGAACUCGGGAUUGAGAAGUUCACAUCUCUGAAGGAGGUGAAGAAUGUUAAGUGUGCUGAGGGAACAAAGCCCAUGUUGGUGUUUUCAGGAGAGCUUUUCGACACUGAUAAAGAAUACACACGCCUCAGGAGUGUCCUGACAGAUUUCUUUCGGGGUCCCACUGUACCUGCUGUGCGUCUUGCUGGUCUCGAUCAUGUCCUCCACUUUACUGCUCUGGAUGGAAAGAUCUACCUGCGCAGCUACAGAGUGCUGUUAAAGAAAUCGGGCUGUCGAACACCAAGGAUCGAGCUGGAGGAAAUGGGUCCUUCAUUAGAUCUGGUUCUUAGAAGAACUCAUCUGGCUUCAGACGACCUGUAUAAAACAGCCCUCAGACAGCCUAAAGGAGUCAAGCCCAAGAAGAAAAAGAACAUCUCCCACGAUGCCUUUGGAACGAAGUAUGGCCGGCUGCACAUGCAGAAACAGGACCUGGACAAGCUGCAGACCAGAAAGAUGAAGGGAUUGAGGAAAAGGAAAAGAGACGUCACUGCAGAGAGCGGAGAGACAUCGUCUCAGAAAAAAUCCAAAGCUAAAAAAUAAACGUCUCCAAUUUCAUGAACAUUAACAAACUGUUUUGAAACCCUGAAGCUGCAGAAGUGGGAGGUUCUGACAGGCCUGGUUUAUAUCUGAUGAUACUGGGAUGGGCUCUGGAGAUACUGGAGCUCGUUAUAAAUGAUCCUGUUGUCUGGUGUUCUGGACGUGGCUUUGUGGUCUGUCAGAUCUCUUUCUAAUCACAGUAAGAUGUUCUGCUGUAUGUGUUAUCAAAUAAAGGUUCUUCUAAAUGUUAUUCUGUAAGACGGCCAAACGUCCACCUGAAAACAAAAUAAAUAAAGAUGUUUCAACCGUU